AUGCCCGCGGCUCCAGAGGAAGAAGCCCAGGAACGGGCCUCGAUGGCUGCGUCGGGCACGCUUGGAAGCUGGCCUGCCGGGACCUUCCACCCUGGGGCCUGUGUCAGCCACUGGCCCUCCAUACCCUGGAAGCAUACGACCUCUGGGAAAGACAGCCCUGACCUUCGGUUUUCCAAGCACGGUGUUCCCCAAGAAUUCUGGGCUGGCGGCCUGGUGGCAGUGCUGGAGAUGGCCCCGAGCCCCUCCCCCUGGGGCACCCAGGAGGGCCCUGCCAGAAUGUGCAGCCUGUGGGUAGUCGGCUGGUGUCCCUGUUGUGGAGUUGGGGUGCGUGACCUGGUGCCCGUCCACGCGGGUGUGCGGUGUAAACAUGUAUGUGCUGUACAGAGAGAUGCGUGUGGAGAGAGCCGCACGCGAGUGCCACGCAGGAGAGGCGGAGCGGUUACCAGUGUUUUGUGUUUAUUUUUAAUCAAGACAUUUCCCCUGUUUUCCUAUAAAUUUGCUUCGUGUAAGCAAGUAUAUAAGGACCCUCCUUUGGUGAAAUCCGGGUUCGAAUGACUAUCUCAAGGCAGGAGAUGCAUCUAUUUUAAGAUGCUUUGGAGCAGACAGCUUUAGCCGUUCCCAAUCCUUAGCAAUGCCUUAGCUGGGACGCAUAGCUAAUACUUUAGAGAGGAUGACAGAUCCAUAAAGAGAGUAAAGAUAAGAGAAAAUGUCUAAAGCAUCUGGAAAGGUAAAAAAAAAAAAAAAUCUAUUUUUGUACAAAUGUAAUUUUAUCCCUCAUGUAUACUUGGAUAUGGCGGGGGGAGGGCUGGGACUGUUUUGUUUCUGCUUCUAGAGAUUGAGGUGAAAGCUUCGUGCGAGAAACGCCAGGACGGACGAUGGCAGAGGAGAGGGCUCCUGUGACGGCGGCGAGGCUUGGGAGGAAACCGCCGCAGCAGGGGUGUCUUCCUGGGGACAGGAGGGUGGGCCUGAGGCUUUCAAGGGUUUUCUUCCCCUUUCGAGUAAUUUUUAAAGCCUCACUCUGUUGCGUCCUGUUGCCGGCCUUCCUGCGACUGUGACUGUGAAACGCUUCCCCGUACGAUUGUCUCUGAAACAUCGCGGCCGCAGGUGCCAGGGUUUGAUGGACAGUGACAUUAGAAUGGUGGAAAAGAAGCACGCAAAGGGAGAAACGUGAGAGGAGAAACAAAAUAUGAGCGUUUAAAAUACAUCGCCAUUCAGUUCG